UGUAAUACUGUAUAUCCAGAUUUACGUGGAUUUAAAAAUCAUCUCCAGCCAGAUCUCAGUGAUGGUGACUUCAGCUCAAGAAAACUGCCAACCUGCCGUUCAACAUGAAUUUGAGAAGUAAACAUUUGGAGGCUGCAUCUUUGUUGAUAUUUUUGGUCAAAGUCUUCUGUGUGAAUACGCUGACUUGUCAUCCAACCGAGUAUCAGAUAGGGAAUGAAUGCUGUCCUCUUUGUCCAUCUGGAAAUCGUGUUAAAACACACUGCACGGAGUUCAGGAGCACUUCCUGUUUGCCCUGUGUGAAUGACACCUUCAUGAAUCUUCCUACUGGACUUAAACAGUGUUUACCCUGCACGACCUGUGGUCCAGAUUCUGGUCUGAAGAUCUACACUUCAUGCACAGCAACAACGGAUUCACUUUGUGAACCUCUGGAAGGAUUCUACUGUAUAGACCCCAUACAGAACCACUGUGCAGCAGCACAGAAACACAAACAAUGUCAACCAGGGCAGUACAUCAAACACAGAGGAACAGCCCUCACAGACUCUCAAUGCUCUGACUGCAGCGUUGGAACAUUUUCUGACGGGACGCGUACGUCUUGUCAACCACACACACAAUGUGAAUCACUAAACCUUCAGCUGAUGCAACCAGGAACAGCUUCAACUGACGCUGAAUGUGGAAAUUCCAGUUUAAAAAGGAAAAAUAACAAAUGCAUCCUCUUCCACAACGGAAAAGGAAAACACAACUGGAGGAGAAUCUGUGACGAUGAUGGGCUGAAAAGCAGAAGGGAUAUGUUGAUCACAGACCUGGCUCCCACUGUAACCUUUGUGGAGUUGUGUGAGGAGGUGAGAACGAUAUGCAGUGUUGCCAAGCAGCAGCCCAUCACACUCAAGUGGAUCGAUGAUGAAGCGUACAACAGCUGA